AUGAAACGCCUUCUUCGAACAGCGCUCAUAUUUGCACGAUUUCUGUUCCUGAUCGUGUUCCCACUUGCAGUUACAAUGGAACAAGAAUACUGCAUGCCUGAGGAUUUCACGAACGUGGCGAUUCCUUUUCGCUUGCUGUAUGGAGGUAAGUUUAAUUUUUGGGAAAUCCUUAAUCCUGAUUCUUGCUUCUAAUUCAUAGAGUUAUAUAUAUUGAUUUUCAAGGUUCCAUAUCAUCUUUGCCUGAUAAGUCUUCUUUUCGUUGUAGAUGUUUGCUCUUUGAUAAAAGAUAUUCUGUCUGAAGUGACGUAUGAUUUCCAGAUUCAUUGUGCCAUGGAUUGCCUGCAAGAUCCAUUCUGUGCCGGAUACAAUUUUAAGAAAAAGCACCAGAAGAAGACUCCAAACUGCCAGUUAACACACACGCUGGAUCACAACUUUCAUGAUUGCAAUGCUGCUGACAAAGGCUGGGUAUUUUAUCAUCCUGUUGCUCCAAGAAAGGUACGAAACUGCAGUAAAAUAUUUUCUUAAUAAACUUUGCCAUGCAACAAGUGAAAAGAAUGCAUGAGAAUUUUGCAAUCUUCACAAAUUUUCCUAUUAGCUAUAUAUACCGUAUUGUUAGAUAGCUAUAGGGUCAGAGGCGUAGCCAGGAUUUUUGGUCAGGGGGGGCCAGCAAAAACCCAGGUGGGGCCAAACCAUUGAACUAUAAAUAAACUGGAAGGCUAACUGCUAUGAUGAAGGCCUAUGAUUUGAUGAAGCCAAAAUAGUUUUUCUGAGUUAUGAGCAGAAAUACUUGACCACAAACGUCGGGCUAUAUAUCAAAUUGAAGCUAUUGAAAAUUGCUAUUCGGUGUGGAAAUUUCAAGACUUCAGCGAAAAGAAAUAUAUUUAAAAAAUACAAAAACAACUGCAAAACGGCAAAUUAUCGGUAAUUAUGUUUGUAGUUUUUCAAUAUUUCCCUUUUAGCUAAAGUCUUGAAAUUUCUACACCAAAUAGCGUUUUUCAAUAGCUUCAAUUUGAUAUAUAGCCCAACGUUCAGUGUUGAGUAUUUCUGCUCAUAACUCAGAAAAACUAAAAUGCACUGGCUUCAAUUCCCCCCCCCCUGAGUUAGCCUUCCAGUUUAUUUAUAGUUCAAUGGGCCAAACCGCCAGUGACUCGAGACGCCAAGGUCGUCAAUCCAUCCCAAAAGGGGGGCGGGGGCGAGGCGGACUAGUACUCAAAAUUAGCAAGGUCCGGUGGUAUGCUUUGUAAUUUACGAUCAUUUAACAUAGAACACACAGAUCGAUAAUAUCACGAAAAAAGUUUCUAAGGGCAUAGGUAUCCUACGUCGAAUUAAAGAAUAUGUAUCUACUUCUACAUUAAUUAAAGUAUACGAUGCAAUAGUUUUGCCCCAUUUUGAUUAUUGCAGCCUUGUGUGGGAUGAAUGCGCGGAUUAUUUAUUAAAAAAACUGAAAAAGUUACAAAACAGAGCGGCACGAGUAAUCACUGGCAGUAGUUACGAAAAAAGAAAGCAAUGUUUGCAUACAACGUUAAAAAUAAAAUUAAACUGCCACAAUCAAUGAUUGGUAAAUAUGAAAUGAAAAACAACUCAAAUCAAAAUUUACGCAACAACAAUACGGAUUUUGUUUUAAAGAAACCAAAAACUAAUUUUAUGAAGAAAAGUAUUACCUAUUCUGCCGUUUCAGUUUGGAAUGAUUUGCCAAAGUGUACGCUUCCCUCCAAUCCCCCCAGGAUUGACGCCCAUGCGAGACGCAAAGUUCGCGCAAGACAUUCUCUGCAGUGCUGGGUAAAAUUAAUUGUCGACACAUGUGAUUUUUCACCAAGCCCGCGUUAAAAAUUCACUGGUAAAAAACCCAGAUUGGGUUAAACUUCAUCUAACCCACAUUUAAUACAUAUUGAAAUAAUUAAGGUUAGAAAAGAUAUAUGUUUCAAGCUGUGUGCCGCAAAUAAGCGAACAAGAUUUUACAGUAGGUUUCACACUGAUGCGCAGCAAAGCAUAUAUUCUACAGAAUUUUAGUAUUAUUGACAGCAUGAAGCUAUAUAAUCAAGGAUUCUCUUUUUUAGUACAACACAUUUUAUCAGAGGGGGCCCAAAAUUUUGCCAGGGGGCCCGGGCCCCCCGGCCCCAGCCCUGGCUACGCCUCUGUAUAGGGUGAACACCAAACAUAAAUGCAAUGUAUCCCAUGCACUGGGCAGCAAGUGAAAAAUCGUUACCCGGCCGAACUGGCUAGGUGUAUAUAAAUAAACAAAAUAUAUGUGCAGAACUAGCAAGUUUAGAAGCUACUAUUUUCCAAAGUUUCUGUUAAAAUAACGAAUGUAUAAAAGAGAAGAAAAAUACACAACAGGCAACAGGAUAUGAUGCUGAAACCGUUUAAGUAGGUUAUUUUACUUCGUCGGUAUAUAACAAAACAUGCAUGCAGCAUGGCAGCAUGCGAGUGAGGACGUAGUGUGCUUGGUUUACGCAGUACAACUAAAGUUUUAACCAGGUUGCAUGCGACAGUUUUAGGCAAAAGUUGUGUAGUGUAAAAACCAGCCUAUAGAAUGGUUUCGAUCCAAUUUGGACUCAUCCUUUGGACUCGAUUAUAUUUAAGAGAAAAUUGUAUACAUUUUUUGAGAAAAUUGUAUACUACAGUUGGAUGCACUAUUGCAUCUUUUUACUCUAUAGUUCCGAAAAUAUUUUUAAUGAAAAAAGUUAGCUAUAUUCAAGGACAUCCACUGCGGUAUAUAUUAUCAUUUAAUUUAAAACUCGUUCUCAUUUAAAAAUACCGGACCAAUAGUUAUUGUAGUUACCUGUAACUUGUGAUGUUAUUCUGUUAUUUCAGCUUAAACAAUUAAAUUUGCAUGCAGGCUGAAUUUCUCUUAGUUUACGGUGAGCUGAAUUCUAACAUAUUCGCUUCGCAGGUUCCAUGUCAUAAAAUGAAGAAUUGCAAAAAUGGGGGAAAGACGAUCAUUCAUCUCAAAGAUGGACCUGGUUCUGAUCCGUACAGGUGUGAAUGUCCAAAUUAACACAGCAAAAAAUCAUUUUCUUAUUAAGAAAAAAAAUUCUUAAUUUAAGAAAAAAAAUCUUAAAAUAAGAAAAUAAUUUUCUUAGUAAGAAAAAAAUUUCUUGAAAUAAGAAAUUUUUGAAUCCCAAGAUAUCUUUUUCUUAAAAUAAGAAAAAAAUUUCUUAAUAAGAAAACAUUUUCUUAAAAUAAGAAAAUACGAUUUUCUUACUUUCUUAAUAAGAAAACAUUUUCUUAAAAUAAGAAAAUACGAUUUUCUUACUUUAAGAAUAUGUUCGUAAGACAAGAAAUGAAAUUCUUAAAAUACAAAAUUGUAAAAUAGUAUAGACAUUAUUACUUAAAUUUUCGAAGCAAGAAAAUGUAAAAUGCUAGUGUUAUAGGACAACUUAUAUCUUAACAAGACUUAGAACAACGUAUAUCUUAUUGCGUCAUGUAAAUUUGUAGUUUUUAUUUCGAAUUGAAGAGACUAUAUGACCGGCAGCUCACGGUUGAUCAAACACUAAAUGGCCGGCAGUACAUUGACUAUAUAGUUAAAAGUUGAAUCUUCAGUAAUCAGUAUAAGAUAGAUAAACCGAUCCCCAAUCCCAAACCCUUCUCUAACCCUAACCCCUAACCCUAACCUUUUGAGAGUUAGACCGGCUGCCGGUAAUAUAGUCACUUUGUUUUUAUUUCGUUUCCAAAAUUUGAGCUCGUUUCAGUUUUAUUGAAUCGUUGAAGAGAAUUUUUGCCCUCCGGAAUUUUUAUCCAAGCAGGAAUAGUUCGCCAUAGUUCGCGUAUUCACUAAACGCCUGGUACCUAGUUUACCUUUUAGAACGCGGAGCAUCCUCGUUCCCAGGGCUUCUCGGCUGCCUGCGUUGCCGUAAGCCCUGGGACAAGCUGAGGCAGGAGUGAUUUGAUUGGUCGUUGAAAAUAGAGUGAAAUAUGAAAAGUUUAUUCGUCAAGUGGAUGUUUAUAUUUGCAAUAUGGCUGCCUUCAAGGAGUGCGCGUUCGAAAUUCGAAGAAAUACAAACGCAAACUGCUUGUUUUCUAUGGAUUACUGGAGAUAAUUUGCAAACAGAAAGAAAGAAAAUAACAGAAUGGACAAUUAUAAAGUAGAAGUAAGCAACAAUAUCGAAGAAACGUCAAUUAUGAAGCCAUUAAAAAGUUUCUUCAUUUUAACAUUUUCUUGUUAUAAAGUUGUCUAUUUAAUAUUAAAACAUUGUGCUCAAGUAUAAUUGUAAAAUUUUAAGCACACUGUAAAUAUAAAAUGUUUAAAAAUAUAUAGUUACGAUAGUAAAGUUUUAAUGGUGUAAUAUAUUGGACAUAUUGUGUUUUAUUAAUUAUUAUGCUUUUGGUAUUGAUCACUUGGUCUAUUUAAUACCCGCCUAUAUUAAAAUGGCCCUAUAUUAAAAUGGCCAAUUGGAAUUUAUAAAUAUAGCAUAUGGAAUAUUAUGGAUGUAUUUUACUAUUUCUGAAUUUUCCUCAGUUGUAUUAUUAGCGAGUAAUUUUAAUAGCUUUUAAUUAAAUACAGUGAAUAAGCUUAUAAGCAUAUUCAAUUUCACCAGUCAUUUGAAUCGUUGCACCUUUGGCAUACCAGAGGGGAAUGCAAGGACAAUCGCCUCUUAUUCACAGGUUUAUCAUUUAUUGGCAAACAGGGAAGACACUUACUUUCAGUGUCCAAGUCGGGAAUGAAUGAGGUCAUGGGGGGGGGGGGUCACUUAGUCUUUUAUAUAGUUGAAAUAAAGCAGUUGGCUAUAUAAAUGCUGAAAUAAAGCAUUUGGCUAAGAAAGGCGUAGUCUUUUAUAUAAAUGCUGAAAUAAAGCAGUCGGCUAGGAAAGGCUUUUACAGAACAGUAAAGGAAUGGUUUGGGAAAUUUCAUGUAAAAAUUCUAAUUGAAUACCUGGGGAUGAUAGGACCGAAGAAAUUUACCUUGCCAUUUUGUCCUGGCUGCAGGGGACUUCACUGAAUUUCACACACCAAAUUAAGUGAAUGCCCCUGGUAUGCCCGAGGUGGGGGUCUCGAAUUCUUGUGUCAUAUUGGAUGAGAUCAUGUAUUUACACUGUUUCCUGUCAACAGUUCAGAAUAGAAUACUUAUUCUGUUGACUUAUUGCAAAUCUUGUAAGAAUUGAAAUUAUAAAAUAAACUAUUAUUAUUGACAAAACUGAAAAUUUGUAUAUGUAUAUGCAGGCUUCUAGCCAGGAGACACCCUACCAUGUCUGUAUAAAAAUUGAUUUUAAACCAUUACAAAAAUGACAUAAAAGUUGCUUUGUAUUCAGAAAUUCUGGUUUAAGCCUCCUGCUAUAGAUACAGUCUAUUGAACUGGGAAACUUUUCAUAUUUUUAAUGUGGAAAUGUGUAGUAAUCUAUUGAUAAAUCAGAAUGUUAACCCCACCUCCCUUACCAUCACUCAGGUAUACAUCCUGUUGUGGUGGAGAUUUAGAUUGGACACCUGGAUAGAUACUAGAAAACACUUAGUCACACUUCUGGAUAAUGAGAGGGGGGGGCAAUGAACUCCCUGAUGUGAAAUUGUAAGAAAUUUAAAAAUUGACCAGUGAUAACUUGACAUUAUGUAUGGGAGUCAAAUUUGCUAACAUUACCCUCCAAUCAUUGGCUAUCCCAUUCGACCUCAAAUGAUUUGGCCCCUAUCUGAAACAGAAGGUGCACUUGCAUGUAGAUUAAAAUAUAUUGGAAUGCAGAAAAUAUUGUUAUAUACUUUAAUCUGAAAACAAAAAUUUCCCUGAAACAAUUAACAUACAUUGAGCCAUACAGUCAUGCACAUAGUUUUUGACUGUCAGAUGUAUCAAGCAGCAUAGUGAGUUGCAUUCAUGGCCAAAGACAUAUUAGGUUAAUUAUUUUACAUAAUUAUUUUUCUUCAUUUGCCACGGCAUGUAAUCGGUGAAGGAUUCAGGAUUAUCCUGCAUGGAAAUAACGUUUUAAACGUGCUAUAUACAGUAAAACGGUGUUCAAUAUUCAUACUACAUGAUGGGCAUAUGGCCAAACAAAGACCUUGUGCUUUUUUGCUCAAAUUUACGCAAGCAUGAUUUUGUGUACAUAAUAUAUAUUUAAUUCUAGCAAUUCAAAUCCAAAACUCAUGGCGUCAUACAUGACAUCUAUCUAUAAUUUAUAUUUUCUUGAAAUGUUAGGUGAUUCAUUGUUAUUGUCGUUGUUGUAACCCAGUAAACAGACUCACAUGUCGUUCUUGUUCCUUUUAAUAUACAACAUACGAUGGACGAUAAAGCUUCGAAUUACUUCUCUUUAAUUUCCAGUCCGGCUUUGUCCAGUCUUUGAAGUGACUUUACAAGCGCGUGUUGAAACAGGUCAUCUGUACAAGAACCCAUGAUGUUUCGAAUCACAGCGACCACUUCGAGCACAUUUCGACUCGAUCAUGUUUACAUCAUAUUACAUCAUACAUGAAAAUUGAUACAUGUAAUACGAAACCGAAAUAUGGUUAUAUUUCGUAAAUAUAACGUAAUAUAAAACCCCAAUAUGUAUAAUUCCAUUAGGUGGUCUGCACAUAUUCCCUUGAUGGUGGAAAAUACAUCGAAACAAAAGAAAAAUCCAAUAUUUUCUGCUCACCAACACGUCUCCACUCCUCAGUAAAAAUUAGUGCAAAGUCAGCAUUUUAGCUUGCAGCAGAACGCGUUUACUUCCGGAAAACACCAGAAUUUGUGGUGUUCCGGUUUGGCUUGUCCCAGGGCUUACCAAUCUCGUACCCAGAGCAAUGCCUGUACGCGGGCAUUUAUUAUAUAGUUUGUUUAUUAUAUAGUCCCAAGCAAAAAAAAAGUGAAAUUUCACGCUCAAAACUAAACUGCUACGUGAUCGAUAUAUUCAAUAGCGAAGAUAUGGCCGGAAAAUAUAUCAUUGUGUAUUUUUCAGUGUCUCACUCUCUAAUAUAUAAUAAAUCUUUUACGUGAUAAUAUUUAGUUUUCCUAAAAUGACAACAGGUUUUUAUCUUUUAAGUAUACUUGGGAACAACUUUAUAACACCAAGAGUGCCAGGGAGAUCGGAACGCUUUAUAAUCUUCGGCAAAAGUUGAGGAAGAAUAGUGUCUAUGCAGAUGUUAAGAAGAAUUAUAAAGCUGCUGCACAGUUCAUGUCAGAGGUGACGGCAGCUUACCUAUGUGAAUCAUUUAUGGAGUGGACCGGUAUGAAAAACCUGAAAGAGAACCCACCAGACAUUACAAUUCCAUCGCCGCAAUGUACCAAUCGUGUUAAAGAGAAUUUCCUCACAACAGUGAUCGGGAAUUUUGUAGACGAAUUUGUCUUACCUGAAUUGGACGUAGAGAGGAAUUGGAAGAAAGAAAAAAAGGCUGGUUGUGAUCAACGUUCUCAAGGUCUGUAUUUAGACAAUGCUAUAUGCAUAGACGGAUUUUCAUAUUUUUACUGGGGGUGGUGCCAGAAAUUUUAGGGAGUUGAGCCCAACCUCGUACCCAGGGUAUUUUGCUUCCGGUCAGCGAAAAUGGCCCUGGCAUCGGCCGGUCACAUGACCUCAAAAUCUCCAGUAUUUGGGGUGUUCAAUUAUGAUAAUUUAUGCGUAUAAGUAUACGUAUAUAGAAUAAUGAUAUACAUUGUAAUUACUGACAGGAGUAAACAAACUCAAUGCUGCGUAUAUAUAAUCAAAGGGAAAGCAACGAAAUAAGUUGACUUUAUUCGGUUUUCGUUGUUUACACCUCAUUCAGCAACAUAGUCCGAUCAAUUCUUGCUCAAUUCUUAAUGAACAACCAAACAAAACAAAACCGCUUCAGCGUUUGCCGUUUGUUUUAUAUAAAUCGUGUUAUGAGCAAAUAUAUUCGUAUCACAAUCUUUGACUAUAAGUAUAACGCUGUACGUUUCUUGAAAUCGACGAUGUAUAAACAACGCAUGUGAGAAAUGUAUGUUGAACCGAAUCAAAUACUCGUCUAUACAAAUGUACAAAGACUUAAUUUUAAUUUACUCAAUACUUUAGUCCUUCAAGAACUAAUGAUAAAUUUGUCACUCCACUCUCGUUUCACCAAAAUAAUAAUUAUUUCCCCCGUAUAUUGAAUAAUUAUAUUCAAAAUCAUUGACCAAUCAGAUUGCAAAACAGACCAGCCGAUGCCAGGGCCUUUUUCGCUGACCAUCCGACCGAGAAAGCAAAAAGCCCUGGGUACGAGGUUGGAGUUGAGCCGUGAUCAGGUGACUGAAGCAACACAAUAGUGAGCUUAAGCAAGUGACGUUUUUGACAACACGAACGGCAUGAGUAACGUCAGAAGACUGGGUCAAGGGCUGUGAUUGGUGAAAAACGUCAACUUUACUUCCGGUCGACGUCCGUGUUGUCAAAAACGUCACUUGCUUAAGCUCACUAACGUGUCACCAAACCUCAGUAAGGUCUAUAUUCUAGGGGUGGAGCACUAGAGCCGCGAGGGGGAGUCUAGAGAGCAGAAAACAAAGUAUCCCAGGAAAAAGUUGAAAAAAAUCAUGAUUUAUAGCUUCGAAAAAAAGUUUUUUGAAGUUGUCAUAUCAAUGGAUUUGGCAUGUCCGAUUGUCUGUUGAGACUUGAGAGAGUUAAAUACUUAAAGUUAAAUGAACAUGUAAAAGUGUAAAGUGUAAACCCAAUACACAAUAUACUUUUACUUUUAUAAAGUCAUUGACAUUGUGUUGUUUGAAUCCGAGUACAAUUUAUGAUGCAACUUGAAAUACUAUGAACUACCAUACUGUACUGUACAUAAUUGAUAUUUCAAAACUUUUACUUAAAUUGAAAAAAACACUAAACUUGUACUUAAAAACUUUUACUUAAUUUUACUUAAACACUUUUACAAGCACAAUUGCACCGAUGAUUGUCUGAUUAGACUCAUUACGAGUCAUUCAUUGGUAUAAAGUCAUUCAUUGGGGGGUUGAAAUUUUUUUUGGAGGGGUGUACAUUUUGUUUCGGGGGGGGGUGGGGUUGUAGCUAAUAUUGGGGGUAGCAACCCCCCCCCCCGAAAAUCCGUCUAUGCCCUCUAUAUACAGUGUACAGUAUAUACUGAAUUUAUACUCCGGGGUCUUAUAUAUGAUAACGACACAUCCUGCACGUCAGUCUCAAAAACCAUGUAUACAAGUUUCAAGAUUUCUUGGCAUCUACGACAUUUUGAUCAUUGCAUGUGUACUGUAAAUCGUGUUUAGCAUAUAAGGCAUCGCCAUGCAUUUAUUGCGAAUAAAGGGACUGGUGGCAAUGGUGUAUAUUAGAGUGACGUGUUUCGUUCUAUUCUCUUCUGGAAUGUACAUGUUUAUCAAGGGUGAUUUUUUUUAUAUAGCCACUGCACCAAAUGUUGUUUCACAUACAAGUAAUAGUUCAGCGAACCCAAGUUCAUUAAAACAGACGUCGUCCACAGUGAACCAAGUUCUUACUUCAAGCAAUAAUGCAGAUCAAUGUACACGCAGAAAAGAAGACAGCGCUCAAACCGGUUUGCAAUCCUUUGUGGCCCAUCUUAAUCCAAACCAUAAAUUUAACACAGGUGAGAGAUACUUUAUCGACAUGAAAUCCUAUAUGAAUCUACAUAGGCAGCUAAUACAUAUCAUUUAUUGUACUGAUAAUUAUAAUUAUUGUUGUAAUAUUAAGUUUCAACUGAAAUUAAAAGAAAUGUAUAUUUAACAUUGCUAAAACUGUGGUAUAGUUCUCAACUAUAUAAAGAUACAAUAAGAAGUCUGGACCUUUCGAGCGAAGGCCAAUCGGCAUCGUUGGCUGAGAGACCGUUUUGAGAUUUCAUAUUUAACCGUGCAUGGUAUAUGAUAAAACAUUGUUUGGAUCAACACUAUGUGUAUACGGUAACGUUUUCGACCGUUUUUUGUAGUGGCGUUUUCAACCAUUAAGCGUUCAGGCGCCUUGUUCACAUUGAUCGUUUUCCUCGCAACAUUUUCUGAUAUGGCAAUAGUUUUCAGUCUCUUCUGUUUCCACAUCCAAACACGGCAUUGUAUUAUUGCCUGCGAUUUUCAUGUUUACACGAUAACAAAACUCAAAAGGCCAAAACAACCAAUUUCAAAACGUUUCAGAUACAGAAAACGAAUCUUUUGCAUCGUUUCCACUAUAUUCGAAACGGUUUUUUCUUACUGACGUCAUUUUUAUCGUUUUCGUGUAAACAAAAUGUAAAUGGAAGGCGAAAAUACAAUUACGAUUUACGUGUUUGAAUUUAGAAACCGAAGCCUUGUCAGAAAAUGUUGCGAGAAAAACGAUCAAUGAGAUCAAAAUUUUUGUGUGGUUGGAAGGAAAUUUUUGUGGUGCUAUAAAAACGCUCGAAAAUGUUAUCGUGUUCGACAUCCUCAACGUCUCGCAAUAAUUAAGUUGCAAAUGCAGAUAUCGUCACCAAUUUUUUUGAUAAUAUUUUAUUCCAUGCAUAACAGGUGACUUCGUCAUUAUCAUGUCCACAUGCAAAAAGCCGUUAGCGAUUGGAAUCACAAAGUCUGAUGAAGGUAGUCCGCUUUCGAUUGGCGGGAACGUUUUGGUUCAUGUCGUGUACAAGACGAAUCAAACGAGUGAAUUGGUGCAAGGAAAGUCUGUCAUCUGGCCUAAAACAUUAACCGCAAAGCCGUUUAAAUAUGUUCCUCCAAACAAUACAGAAGCUAGAAGCCGCCAAUCUGAGACAUCAAAGUCUGUACCAACUAUAAAUGCUGUUUCUUCACAAACGCCGAAGACAUCACAAUUAAACACGCAACAACCUAGUGAAUCUACACUUCAUAGAACACGAGCGAAUGUGACGCAGCAAAUGAUGUCUCCGUUAGUGCCUUCAGUGGCAAGGAAGGACACCACAUCGAAGAAAGGUCAAGACCGCAUACUCAAUUAUGGGAUGCAAGUGAUUCAAUUGGGUGUUUUCCUUUUGCAGUUAGACGAUACAGAACGGGAAGGUGACGGGGAGCGUAUGAUGAGGAACUGGAAACUCUUAAUGCUGUAUUCGAGGUCUCGGAAGAGAGCUAAGAAGUAUGCAUUCGAAGCAAUGCGCCUUAUUACGAACUGCUAUGCGUUAUUUUCAGAAAAGAUGGCUCAUAGGAUUAUACAUGGCCAAUUUGUCAAUCCCAAAGGUGGAGAAGGUAACAAUUAUGCUAAUGACCUGAAACAAGAACACAUAGUUAAAGCCAACAAAGUUGUCUUACGCGGCCUUUGUGGGAACAAAACACUUAAAGCUGUGACCAGGAGCACAACGAGCGCCUACUGUCAAAAGGUAAUAAUAGACAAUUUGGACAAACAAAACAACAUACACAAGAAUUCAUCGUCGCACACAUAUGGCAACUGCGAAGAAGACGUUAAAGACAUGAUCGAAACCCUACGUAAGUUGAAACCGUUUCAAUUUACCGUAGAUCGAUAUCACAAGUCAUUCCAAACAAUUGAAAAAUCACCUCUGGACAAAUUAGACGCUGUUCUUUUGCACAAAUGGUUAACACGACACAAAUUGUUAUUAGCAUCAAAUCCAUAUUCAAAUGAUGAUGAAGCCACGGAGGAGAGCAAUGACACUAAUAUUAAUGAAGAUGAAGUUUCAUUUACAAGUAGUGACGAAAAUGUUAGCGAAUAG